CAGGGCACAGACUCAGUCACAGAAACCUCCUAAAUCCAAGGGUUUACACAUAAACUGCACGCCGCCGCCCGGACUCUCGUCUCCCGGUCGCCAUGAUGGUUCCACUGGAUCCAUGCAACAAGCCCACCUCGCAGCGCCGCAUCGCGGAGGGCGACACCGUCGUGGUGUACGAGCGGCACGACUCGAUGCGCGCAGUCACCGUCAGCGCCGCUGGCGUACUGCAGAACCGGUUCGGCGUAUUUCGCCACGCCGACUGGCUCGGCCGCCACUUCGGAUCCAAGGUAUUCAGUAGCGGCGGUGUCGGGGGCAAGGGCGGUCGCAAGGCCGGCGGCGGGUUCGUCCACCUCCUCGCGCCGACCCCGGAGCUCUGGACGCUCGUGCUCAGCCACCGGACACAGAUCCUCUACAUUGCCGAUAUCAGCCUCGUGGUGGCCUACCUCGAGCUCGUCCCUGGGUGCGUCGUGCUGGAGUCCGGAACGGGGAGCGGUUCGCUCACCACCUCGCUAGCCCGCGCCGUCGCGCCGCACGGGCGGGUGUACACGUUCGAUUUCCACGACCAGAGGGCAGACUCGGCAAGGGAAGAUUUUGAGAAGAAUGGCCUAAGCAGCCUUAUAACAGUUGCUGUUCAGGACAUACAAGGGGAAGGAUUCCCAGAUGAGUACUCUGGAGCUGCUGACGCUGUGUUCCUGGACUUACCCCAGCCUUGGCUGGCAAUACCGUCAGCUGGUACAAUGCUACGGCAAGAUGGCAUCCUAUGCUCCUUUUCACCUUGCAUUGAACAAGUACAGCGUGCUUGCGAAACUAUGAGGUCUUGUUUCACAGAUAUUAGAACUUUUGAAAUUCUUCUCCGCACCUAUGAAGUACAUGAAGGUGCUCUGAAGAGUGCAACCACCAAUGAAGCCUCUAGCGAUGGUUCUUCACUUCCUGGGAAGAAACGGAAAAUUCGGUCAGCUGGAGAAGCCUUAGACAGCACUCAGACAUCCUCUGUUAUUGCUAGGCCUUGCAGCACAGCUAGAGGACACACUGGCUACUUGACAUUUGCAAGGAAAAGCGUGCAUGGGAGCCAAACUGGGGCGGCUGAAGUUUGCCCCACAUCUUAGACCAGUAAAAUGCACAUUGGGCGCCUGAAUUUUGUGAUGCAGCCAAUGGAUCUACCUGAUGAAUUAGGAUAUUCUCGUAGCCAAUGGGCCAUGGUACCUUUGAGAUUGUUGUGAACGGUGUUGUAGUAACUAUCGAACUUCAAUAAUUUAUAUAUCUAUCUUUGUCUUUGUGAUCUCAA